CUCAGCAAGUUUCAUUAAGCGAAGCGGAAACGGAAGAUAUUUUACAUUACCGAAUUGAUAAAUUUACCUUAGAUCGUCUAUUUACUUAUGCGGAAAGAUUAGGAAUUAAUUUACAGAUAAGCAAAACCAAAGCAAAAACUAAAAUUGGCUAUGAAGCCCAAGACUUAAAAAAGCAUUUUGAAAGAGUUGGCGGUUCACAUAAUCUAAUGGAAGAUUGCCAAACUAUUGCUAAUUCUUUUGCCAAAAUUGAAGAUUUAGGAAAGAUUAAAGAUGUUUUAAAAAAUUGCCACAGCAAGCAAGAAUAUGAUACUAAAAAAGCUAAUUUUAUUCAGAAAUGUGAUGAAUCUAUCAAUGGUUUAAGACCGAGAACCGGCUAUUCUAGUUCGAUGUUUGGA